ACCUGGAUCGCGCCCGCCUCGCUCAGUCCGAGCCGAGCCGAGCCGCCACCGCGGAGAAAAGGGACCGGGCUGCGCUGUGCGGGUUGGCGCUCCACGCGAUGCGUCUGUUUCUGCUGGCGGUGCUCCUCUCGUGCUCCUGCGCGCGGGCCGGCUGCGAGCCCAAGAUCGUGAACAUCGGGGCCGUCCUGAGCCAGAAGAGGUACGAGCAGGUGUUCAAGGAUGCCGUGAACCAGGCCAACCAGGUGUACGGCCGGGACAAGUUCAAGCUCAACGCCAUUUCCGUCACGCACAAGGCCAACGCGAUCCAGAUGGCUCUGUCGGUGUGCGAGGACCUGAUCCACAGCCAGGUUUACGCCAUCCUGGUGAGUCACCCGCCUCAGUCCAGCGACCAUCUCACCCCGACGCCCGUCUCCUACACCGCGGGCUUCUACCGCAUCCCGGUGGUGGGGCUCACCACGCGCAUGUCCAUCUACUCCGACAAGAGUAUCCACCUGUCCUUCCUGCGGACGGUCCCGCCGUACUCCCACCAAGCUCACGUCUGGUUCGACCUGAUGCGCGAGUUCAACUGGAACCACAUCAUCCUGAUCGUCAGCGACGACCACGAGGGCCGUGCGGCUCAGAAGAGGCUGGAGACGCUGCUGGAGGAGCGGGAGACAAAGAAUAAAAAAAGGAACUAUGAAAACCUCGACCAACUGUCCUAUGACAACAAGCGAGGACCUAAGGCAGAGAAAGUCCUACAGUUCAGUCAGGAGACAAACUUAACCGCGCUGCUGCUGGAGGCCAAAGAGCUGGAGGCCCGGGUCAUCAUCCUGUCCGCCAGCGAGGACGAUGCUGCCGCCGUGUACAAGGCGGCCCGCUUCCUCAACAUGACGGGCUCGGGCUACGUGUGGCUGGUGGGGGAGCGGGAGAUGUCCGGUAAAGCUCUGAGCGAGGCGCCAGACGGUCUGAUCGCCCUCCAGCUCAUCAAUGGGAAGAACGAAUCGGCCCACAUCACCGACGCCGUGGCGGUGGUGGCCCAGUCCAUCCAGGAGCUGUUUGAGAAGGAGAACAUCACAGAACCGCCCAAGGGCUGCGUGGGCAACACCAACAUCUGGAAGACGGGGCCUCUUUUUAAACGAGUGCUGAUGUCGUCCAAAUAUCCGGAGGGUCUGACGGGACGCGUCGAGUUCAACGACGACGGAGACAGGAAAUACGCCCACUACACUAUUCUGAACUACCAGAAGUCUCGCCUGGUUCAAGUUGGCAUUUAUAACGGCACGCAGGUGGUGAUGAACAAUCAGCGCAAGAUCAUCUGGCCUGGAGGGGAGACGGAGAAACCGCAGGGCUUCCAGAUGUCGACCCGAUUAAAGAUCGUGACGAUUCACCAGGAGCCGUUUGUGUAUGUGAAACCGACGAUGCAAGACGGGACGUGCAACGAGGAAAAGGCACUAAAUGGAGUGAUUAUAAAGAAGGUCAUCUGUACCGGGCCCAACGAGACCAUCCCAGGGCGUCCCAUCGUGCCGCAGUGCUGCUACGGCUUCUGUGUCGACCUGCUGAUCAAACUGGCCAUGACCAUGAACUUCACCUACGAGGUCCACCUGGUGGCUGAUGGGAAGUUUGGAACCCAAGAGCGGGUGAACAACAGCAACAAGAAGGAGUGGAACGGCAUGAUGGGAGAGCUGCUGGGUGGGCUGGCUGACAUGAUCGUGGCCCCGCUGACCAUAAACAACGAGCGUGCCCAGUACAUAGAGUUCUCUAAACCCUUUAAAUAUCAAGGCCUCACUAUUCUAGUCAAAAAGGAAAUUCCUCGAAGUACGCUGGACUCAUUUAUGCAGCCGUUCCAGAGUACGCUGUGGCUGCUGGUGGGUCUUUCGGUGCAUGUGGUGGCGGUGAUGCUUUACCUUCUAGACCGGUUCAGUCCAUUUGGAAGAUUUAAAGUAAACAGUGAGGAAGAGGAAGAAGAUGCCCUCACCUUGUCAUCUGCCAUGUGGUUCUCCUGGGGAGUGUUGCUGAACUCUGGAAUUGGAGAAGGUGCACCGCGCAGCUUUUCAGCGAGAAUCCUUGGCAUGGUGUGGGCUGGCUUUGCUAUGAUCAUUGUGGCUUCUUACACUGCCAACCUGGCUGCCUUCCUGGUGUUGGACCGGCCUGAGGAGCGCAUCACCGGCAUCAAUGACCCAAGGCUGAGAAACCCAUCCGAUAAGUUCAUCUACGCCACGGUGAAGCAAAGCUCCGUGGACAUCUACUUCCGACGACAGGUGGAGCUUAGCACUAUGUACCGCCACAUGGAGAAGCACAACUAUGAGAGUGCUGCAGAGGCUAUCCAGGCCGUGCGUGACAACAAGCUGCAUGCUUUCAUCUGGGACUCUGCGGUGCUGGAGUUUGAAGCCUCGCAGAAGUGCGACCUGGUGACCACGGGAGAGCUGUUUUUCCGUUCGGGCUUUGGCAUAGGCAUGCGCAAGGACAGCCCCUGGAAACAGAAUGUGUCCCUGGCCAUUCUCAGUUCUCAUGAGAACGGCUUCAUGGAAGACCUAGAUAAAACCUGGGUGAGAUACCAGGAGUGUGACUCACGGAGCAAUGCCCCAGCCACACUCACCUUUGAGAACAUGGCAGGAGUCUUCAUGCUGGUGGCCGGAGGCAUUGCAGCGGGGAUCUUCCUCAUCUUCAUCGAAAUCGCCUACAAACGCCACAAAGACGCCCGCAGGAAGCAGAUGCAGCUGGCCUUUGCGGCCGUCAACGUCUGGAGGAAGAACCUGCAGGACAGUAAGGAAGCCUCUGGAAGUCAAGCGGUGACUGGGACUCCCUCGUUACCCUCUUCCUCUGUAGAGACUCAGGAUGAUAGGAAAAGUGGUAGAGCAGAGCCCGACCCCAAAAAGAAAGCCUCUUUUAGGUCCAUCAGUACCACCCUGGCUUCCAGCAUCAAGAGACGUAGGUCCUCCAAAGACACGCAGUACCCACCCACUGACGCCACGGGCCAGCUCAACCUGUCUGACCCGUCCGUCAGCACCGUGGUGUAGAAACAAAAAACAGAGAGGGAGAGAAAGAAAAGAGCGACGAUGAGGCCGUUCACGACGCAGACGAGUCAGAAGAAGAAGAAGACUCCACGUUUCCUUCAGCUGAAUGAAAACCUGAAGAAGAAGAAACGACUCUGAUGAACUUUGCACCUUUUUU